AUGCAUGUGGGAAUCAAGCAGCUAAUAGAUGAUGGGUGGCCAGUCACUGAGGAAACUAUCAGGGACUAUUUUGGCACUGAAAAGUUGAACAUUGAGUAUAUUUAUUUACUAAUUGCUUCAAUUAUUUUCGGAUUAGGGGAUGUAGUUCUUCAAAUUAGCAGAAUACGUGAUGUAUCAAGACCCAAACAGAGUGGGUUGGCCUCCAGAGAGGAUUUGCUGAAAAUAAACUUAACUGACGGCCAUUCAACUAUUUCUGCUGUUGUUCUCCUUUUUUCUGUAAUUUCUUUUUCAAAGACGACUCCGGGGACCAAAAUUCAUUUGAAAAAAGACGUCCGACUUGAGUGUGGUUUGGCAGUGCUUGAACAAGGUAGUAUACAACUGCUGGGAGGUUCAGUUACAUCACUAAUUGAAAAAUGGGAUAUUGAAAAGGUGGCAUUUCUUAUUUGGUUACUUGUAUUUGGAAGUUUGUUUUUUUUAAACUUUAAGCAUACUUCAACAUCAUCAGUAGAGAAAAAAUUUUGGAUUGUUUCCUUUGGAAAGAAAAGAGGAGAAGGAAAUUCGUUUGGUGCGGAAGAAAUUCAACGGUCAUCUGGGCCACUUUUGUUAUCAGAUUUUCUUCAAAUUGAACCGUCAUCUGAUGCGAAUGGUAUCUCAAACACACGACCGGCUCCUCUAAUUACUCCCCGUCGGACGGUAAAUUUAAUAAAACUUUCUUCGAUAGCUCAUUAA